CAUUACACUUCACUUCUCCUCAAAAAAUGUCUGCCCCCUCCUCUACAUUGGUGCCUCCGCUGAUGAUAAGAGAGGAAGAAGAGCCGAGAAACUGGGCGGAGCUUCCGUCGGAUUUGAUGUCUUCAAUCCUGCUUCGACUUGGUGCAGUUGAGAUACUUGAAAACGCUCAGAAGGUGUGCACAUCAUGGCGACGCAUCUGUAAAGACCCUACUAUGUGGCAAAAAAUCGACAUGCGAGACCUGGGGAACCGCAGAGUGGGCGACUUGGAUUUCGAAAUCUUGUGCCGUCACGCUGUUGAUCUCAGCCAGGGCGGCUUGCUGGAGAUCCACCUUGAUGUUUUCGCGACCAAUGAACUCAUCAGCUACGUACAUCGCCGAAAGAUCAAGGAAUCUGAUAAGUUUUGGACUUCAAAGGAUGACGAACGAAGGACUUGUGAACGCAAUCGCAAAAAUUCCAUUCCUUGAAACCCUCGAGGUUUCACACUCAACGUUAAGACUGGAUUCAAAAGCUAUAGGCCGUGCUUGCCCACAUCUAAAGACAUUGAAGCUAAACUCCUCAGGAUGGUCAGGCUACAUAUUGUUUCGCACCAUACAUGAUGAUGAUGAUUAUCACCUAGCAAUCGCUGAAAGCAUGAAAGUGUUUCGACAUCGACCGUGUCAGCAUUCUUAAGAAGCAAUGUUUGGAGAGGAUCAAAGAGUUCAGACGCCCGGACAACUCAACUGGUGGUAUCACUUUUGUCAAUUCUGAUUCUGACUCAGAUCAUGAAGGUCUACUACAACUGAGCAGGUACCGGGGAUUAUAUUGGGACUAGGUAUUAAACCUCUCUUAAAACAAUUUGCUUUUGUUGGUCUUGUCAACUUAUGAAGUCGUUCAUGUCUCCUAGCUCUUUUCUCUAUGUUGGUAUUUCAUAGUUUCAAAGACCUUAUUUCCUUUAAACUUUUAAUUAAGCUUUGAGUCCGUGACUGACUGACUGUAAGUUGCGAUAACGAUUGGAUGGUUUUUUCUUAAGUGGGUACA